AUGGGAGACAUCGACUCCUUCCUCGAAAGCCAGAAACAAGGCAUCUCAAUGUUCCGAUGGGUCGCAGCCCAAACGGAGAACCUCAAAUCGCCAAUCAUCCAACUCUUCAUGCGCCCCCUUUCUCCCCCUACAGUUAUCGUCACAGAUUUCCGCGAAGCAGAGGACAUAUCCAUGAGACGAUACAAGGAAUUCGACCGAACCGACUUCUUGCGGUACAUCUCUCAGCCACUGAUGCCCCAGUUCCACAUGAUGAUGAAGAGCGAUGAUCCCAUGUUCAAGAGGCAACGGAAAUGGCUGCAAGACCUGAUGACGCCUGCCUUUCUCAACGGUGUAGUGGCUAAGCCCAUCUAUGACAGCGUUCGGCAGGUGGUUGAGCUUUGGAAUCACAAGGCUCGCCUUGCCGAUGGCCACCCAUUCGAGGCCUUCGACGACAUCUAUUUCGGGGCGUUUGACGCUGUCCUUGCCUUCUCUUAUAGCAGCAACUUCCAGCACAUGACGCUGCCGGGUCGACUGCAGCUGAUUUCGACCCUCGAACACGUGGAACAUCCAGCCAAGGCUGACUCGCCGGUGGUCUUUCCGGAGAGUAAACAAAGCAGCAUCAUCAGGGCGAUGCUGGGACUAGCCGAGGCGGUCGAGGAAACAAGAAAGGCAGUCCUCCCAUGGCUUCGGUCCUGGUACAUCCAACACACCCCCCGCAUCAAGGCCGCCAAGAAGAUUAGAGAUGAGACUAUCAACCACGAACUCGAUACUGCCGUAAAGAGACUCGAGGCCGGUGAGCCUGCGUCCUCGGCGCUGGAGUAUAUGGUCUACAGGGAGAAACGAGUAGCCGAGAAGGAAGGCAGAGCCCCGGUCUACAAGUCGGUCGGUAUGAAAGGCGAGGUAAGUCACCGCAUCGACACACGAUCUAUGCAGAAGUUCAACCAUUCUAACGACGAGAUCCAGGCGCUUGGCUUCUUGUUAGCCGGGCACGAGACGACGGCCACAACUUUUGGCUGGGGCAUCAAAUACCUCACAGACAACCCAGACGCACAAGUACGACUCCGCAAAGCCCUCCGCCAGCACUUGCCCGACGCGGUAGGAGAGAAACGGAACCCGACACACGAAGAAAUCAUAAAGACUACCAUCCCAUACCUCGACGCCACCAUUGAAGAAAUCCUUCGCUUUGCUGGGACGACCUCGGUUACGGACCGCGAAGCGAUGCAGGAUACAACGAUCCUCGGCCACCACAUCCCCAAGGGCACAAAUGUGAUGAUGGUGACCAUUGGCAAGAGUAUCCUCAAGCCGGCCUUUGAUAUCCCCGACGCCUUGCGGUCCAAGACGGCGCUCGACGCGUCGAGCCGGGUUCGAAGCUGGGAAACAUCGCCAUAUCCUGUGGAGGACUUCAAGCCGGAGCGUUGGCUUGUCAAGUCAGGCGAGAGUCCGGAGAAGAUGGUGUAUGAUGCCACGGCUGGGCCUCAGAUGGCUUUUGGCCUCGGCCCUAGGGCAUGCUUCGGACGAAGGCUGGCGUAUCUGGAGCUCCGCCUGUUUACCGCGAUGCUGAUCUGGAACUUUGACUUUUUGCGGUGUCCUUCUGAGUUGUCUGACUAUAGAGGCUUCGACGGACUGACGGUGAGGCCUCGGCAAUGCUAUGUCAAGCUAGCGAAAAUUAAACUAUGA